AUGGCCGGCCGGAGCGGCGGCGGCGGCCCGGGCGCCCUGAACGAGGACAACGCGCGCUUCCUGCUGCUGGCCGCGCUCAUCGUGCUCUACCUGCUGGGCGGCGCCGCCGUGUUCUCGGCGCUGGAGCGGGCGCACGAGCGCCAGGCCCGGCAGCGCUGGGAGGAGCGCCUGGCCAACUUCAGCCGCCGCCACGACCUGAGCCGCGACGAGCUGCGCGCCUUCCUGCGCCUCUAUGAGGAGGCCAUCGCGGCCGGCAUCCGCGUGGACCACGUCCGCCCGCGCUGGGACUUCACUGGCGCCUUCUACUUCGUGGGCACCGUCGUGUCUACCAUCGGAUUCGGAAUGACGACUCCAUCGACCGUAGGAGGAAAAAUUUUCCUGAUCUUCUAUGGCCUCUUUGGGUGCGCAAGCACCAUCUUGUUCUUCAACCUCUUCCUGGAGCGCCUGAUCACAGUCAUUGCAUACAUCAUGAAGUUAUGCCACCAGCGACAGCUCCAGAGACGAGGGACGCUGGCCCAGGAGGGCCUCCAGGACCCGAGGAAGGCUGAAGUGGACAGGCUGGCCGGCUGGAAGCCGUCCGUGUACUACGUCAUGCUGAUCCUGUGCCUGGCCUCCCUCCUCGUCUCCUGCUGUGCGUCCGCCCUCUAUUCUCUCAUGGAAGGGUGGAGCUACUUUGACUCGCUCUACUUCUGUUUCGUGGCUUUCAGCACCAUUGGCUUUGGGGACCUUGUGAGCAGCCAGAAGACCCAGUAUGGCAACCAAAGCUUCUACCGCGUUGCCAACUUUGUCUUCAUCCUCAUGGGCGUCUGCUGCAUCUACUCCUUGUUCAAUGUCAUCUCCAUCCUCAUCAAACAGUUCGUCAACUGGAUCUUGAGGAAAAUGUGUGGUCGGUGCUACCAGCUCUGCCGAAGGAGACUCUUCCGGUCCCGGAGGAAUGUGGUCAUGCCGGGCGGUAUCCGGAAACGAUGCAACGUCUCCGUGGACACGGACGGAGUGAUGGACAGCGACACUGAUGGGCGGCGUCUCUCGGGGGAGAUGAUCUCCAUGAAGGACUUCUUGGAAGCCAACAAGGUCUCCUUGGCCAUCCUCCAGAAGCAGCUCUUUGAAACAGCCAAUGGCUACCCCCACCGGACCAGCACACUGUCCCAAGACAAUGAAUUCUCAGGGGGUGUGGGAGCCUUGGCAAUAAUGAACAACAGGCUGGCAGAGACAAGUGGGGACAGGUAG